UAAAAAGCCUGCGAGCUACGAAGUAUGUGGCGGGCAAACGCAAAGGGUCGUCUUCAACCCUAGACAGAGAAAAGAGGGGAAAAUAGAAAAAUCAAUGGAUUCAAGUCUCCCGAAGUCUUCUCUAUUCUUCGCAGAUCAACGCCUUUGCUCAGCCGACAUUCUUCCUCCUUCUCAGGUUCGAGCAAGGCUUGAAGUCGCUGUUCUCAAUUUCCUCAAAUCCCUUGCCUCUCCCACUCCAGCAAUCUCCGAUCUCCCAUUGAUCAGUAGGACAUCAGGCAACAGCGGUCCGCGUCAAGGUCUCUUGAGUGAUGUUUCCUCAGUCUUUCUCUCCAAAUCUUUCUCCAUCAGGUCUUUGAUGAGGAGCAAUGAUGCUAAGCCAUUUAUCAGAGUAUGGAAAGUCAUGGAGUUGUGCUUCAAAAUUCUGGCUCAAGAAAAGCUGGUAACACAGCGUGAGCUUUUCUAUAAACUGCUUUGUGACUCACCUGAUUGCUUCAAUUCCCAGGAUCAAGUGAAUAGAACAGUACAAGAUGUCAUUGCAUUAAUCCAUUGUAGUCGACAGAGUCUCGGAAUCAUGGCAUCUGGUAGAGGUGCUAUCACCGGGCGUUUACUUUUACAGGAGUCAGGACAAGAGACGAUUGAUUGUGCUGUACUCGGGCCUGCAGGACAUGCUAUAACUGGAGACUUGAGUCUAUUGAGUAAACUGGAUUUUGUUUCUGAUGCUCGGUAUAUUAUUGUAGUUGAGAAGGAUGCAAUUUUCCAGAGACUGGCUGAGGACCGUUUAUACAAUCAAGUCCCUUCCAUUUUGAUCACAGCCAAGGGGUAUCCAGACAUUGCUACAAGGUUUCUUCUCCAUCGGCUAAGCCAAAGCUUUCCACAUAUGCCAAUCUUGGCUUUAGUAGAUUGGAAUCCUGCAGGACUAGCAAUUUUAUGCACCUAUAAGUUUGGAAGCAUUACGAUGGGUUUGGAGGCAUAUAGAUAUGCUUGCAAUGUUAAAUGGCUUGGACUACGAGGAGAUGAUCUGCAGCUUAUACCUGAAGAGUCAUUGGUUCAUCUGAAGCCACGAGACCUUCAAAUAGCCAAAAGCUUGCUAUCCUCUGAAUUGUUGCAGGAAUCUUACAGAACCGAGUUGGCAUCGAUGGUUGAGAAGGGGCAUAGAGUGGAGAUAGAAGCUUUGUACUACCAUGGUUAUGAUUUCUUGGGAAAGUAUGCUGCAACAAAGAUUGUGCAGUCCGAUUAUAUCUGAAAAUACCUUCUUUUGGUGUCAAAUGUAUCUUUUUCUUUUUUUACCUUCCUUCUUUUUCUUAUAACGGCGAGGGUGGAAAAUGUAUAUUAAGUCUUUAGUACUUGUGGUUUUUGCCUAUCCUUAGAUCACCAUUUAUCUGAAUGGAAUUUAAUUUGCGGCUGGAA